UUAAGAAGAACCCGCGAUAUUGACCAGAUACAACAGUACAUUUUUUGACAUUGAAAAUGUCAAACUCAGGCCUCUUGUUACUUCUCUAAAACCAUUGGCUGUAUCUCCUGAUAAACCAACCAAUACUGGCAGGGUUAACCGUUCACGUCCACACUCGGUCAACGCUUCCUCUGCAAAAUCAUAUGAUGGGUAUGGAGGGAUUGGCGCAUUGGGUUCCAUAUGCAGACUAACGAAAUGUGAUCGAUCAACAUUACCCAUAAAGAUGAUCCUACACUUUGUCCUAGUGGAAGGUUUAACAUGGUUGGCAUAAAAAUGUUGCUUCCAUGCUUGCUGUGUAUAACAUCGACAGUUGUGAAUGUCUCGGCUAUAAGAAAACCAGCUUCCGACAAAGUCAUCCAGUAUUUGAAAUCCAUAUCAACACCACUAGGAAGUCUACGUUCUCCAUUAAAGAUAAGUAUACAUUAAACCAGUAAACAUAGCAUAUUAGGAACCAUAUUAAGAGGGGAUAGGAAAAGGAAUGAACUUUUAAACAAGUCUUUCACCUCAAACAAUUGAUUUUCUUCUACAUUUGCAUCUAGUUGUAUUAUACUUGAAGAACUACCAAGAUAUGUUAUUGCUUCGUUUGAUUCGUCAAUUGCCAGUGAUGUAGAUUCGUUACGGAUGUGAUAGUUUUCUCCCAUCUUGCUUUACCAUCGAGAUCAAAGUAAUAUUCUUUAAAGAAAAUUGGAUUGCUAGGGGUUUUUAAUGAUUCGCCCGGGAACAAUAAAUGGGUUUAAUCAUCAUACGUAACAAUAGAAAAUUAGGGUUAUACGGGUGUGUAUUCUCCAACCAUAAUUUUUGAUAGGGGAAAGCUCGUACUUUUUUCCACCCAAUAUUGACCUGGAGUCAAAUAGACUAGACUGAGAUCAGCUUUCCCCCAAGUAAAGGUGGCUUUCCCCUUAUCAAAAAUCAAAGCCAAAUCAAAAACUUCCCAAGGAAGAGGAAUGCUAUACUGAAAUCACGUGAUCUUAAUAAUUCUGUGAAAACUGAAAACUGAAAACUACUGGUAUUCCGGCCGGAGUGACUUGCGGCAUAUUCUGUCAAUCAGCUUCUUCUUUUCUCGUAUUUGUUUUGUACCCACGUGUCACUUCUUAAUUAGAUUUCUAGAUUUGGAAAGAAUUUUUCCAACUGGGUCUAAAACUGUUGCUAUGUGGAAGGCAAUCUGAAUACAUAACAGACAUUGUCUGUUUUGCUAAAUUACGCAUGCGGUGACACGGUCUAAUCUAAGCCCCUCUGCUUCUUUUUCAGUUUCCAUACGUAUCCAAAUGCUGAAAGAGAAGGAAAAAAGUGAAAUUGGUAAACUUUUCUUGCAUACGAAGCAAAUUUUUGUUUGGAUAAAAAUGAAAAUACAAUUAAAAAUCGGUGGUGAUAAGUGACUAGGUUUGCUACCAUAUAGGAGUAAUAUUUACCAUAAUCAUUUUAGUUAGUUGAUAGUUGGAAGCUAUAACUUGUGGGUGAGGCUGCAUUUAAAAGUUGUUAAAUUGAACUAAAUUUAGGAAGUAAAACUCUUUUGGCAUGUCAACUAAUUUAUUUUUAGAUGGUGCAACCGUAUAACUUAGCUGAUUAGUUAGGUGGCAUUUUCUUUUCCCUGGUACUCUCCGAAUCAAGUGAGCGCCUGUAAAUCCAUCGAGGUGACACUUAAGUUUUUGUUAACUAGUUAGCGACACUAAAAAUUUACACUAAAAUUUUGCAUCUUACACUAAUCAAAUAUAAGAGUAAAAAGAAAUUGGAAUAUUUCUCCUCAAUGAUCACAAAGAUACAUAAACUUACAGUAUUUUGAUGCUUUCCAAGGUGAAACUGUCUCAACUGAUAUACAUACGUAUCCAAGUCAGAUAAUGUCUCAAUUAAUGCGUACCAAGUCAGAAUUCAGCCGCCCAGGCACUGAUCAUUUCAGCUACUAUGAAGCUUCCCUCGCUUGCUUGAAACUGAUUUUGGCAAGGGCAGCUUGAAACUUUUGUAACUGAUUUUGACAUGGGCAGCAGUAAAAUUAAAAAUUAAGUAAUUAUGGUAACUUUUUUAUUGAAUUAGUUAUCUCCCCAUGGAAGGGGAGAAUGUAAAGGCGAAAAAAAUGGAAAAAUCACUGUUUAAAACAAACUUAAAGAAGGUCAAAAAAAAAAUUAAUUUAUUAGUAGAAAAUUUAUUACUUCACUGAAACCUUAAAAAAACAAAUUCGAUUCACUGUCUCCAAGCCUAUAUUAUUACUCUACACUUACUUUUCUUGCGCUGAACAUCCAACAAUCAAGUCACAAUUUUCAACACCCAAAAAGGUAAACAAGCCAAUCACAUCAAGACCACUCAUCUCUCUACCGUUGAUCUCAAGUAUCUCCUUCAAUCUCUAUUGAAAUGCUAACGUGCAAAUCCCCCAUUGGGUCCUAAUAACAUUUGUUUUAGUAGCCCUUGAAGUAUCUUAUCAGUAUCACUUGCAAAGGAGUGUGUUUCUCUCUUUCUACUAGUAGUAGAGGUAAAGCAGUGAGUGCUAUUCACCUCUCUCUCUUUUUCCUCUGUAUACUAAAACGUCUCUGUUUCUGAGUUUUUUCUGGUUUUAAUGGCGUGAUGUGAGAUGUACACAUUUAUACAGUAGCAUUACCUUUUCGUUCUUUGUUCUUUCUAUCUAACAGUAUUAUCCCAUUUCUUCAUUUGCAUGUUUCAACCAACAAUUCCAUAAUUCAUCCAAAAAAGAAGAAAACCCACUCCGAAUUCGAGUCUCUAAGAAGAUCAAAAGUGAAAAAUGAAGGACAAUGAAUAUAUUGAUAGUUUGUUUGGUGAUUUUGUUUCUCAUGCACCAGCACCUGGAAAUCCUCUCAUACAUCAACAACAGACACGUCAUCAUCAUCAUCAUCAUCAGCAGCAGCAAUUGUUUUGUAAUGUGUAUAAUCUGAAACAGAGUACUUAUAAUAAUAAGGGAGGUAUGUUAUAUGAGAACUGUAAUUCUCCAGUUAGUGGACUCUCUUUACAUUCUGGUGGUGAUGGUUCUUCAUCAAGUUCUCUUUCUGGAAAUUUACAUAAGACUAAUAGUAACACCCAUUACUUGAAUACUAAUGAGUCUGGUGAACAGACUGAACCUGCUUCUUCUUAUGAUACCUUAGAUCUAUCAAAAAUGGAUAUUAAAGAUGAAAAGGAAAAUUUCAUUACUAGUAAUGGUCAUGUUAAGAACAAUGAUCCAUAUGGAGAUGAUUAUACGACAUUAUUUGAUCAUGACCCUUAUUAUGACUUCUUUUAUUCAAAUGAGAUAGUAUCAACAGAUUUGUUUUCAAUGGAACAUCAGAGAAGAUUAGCACCGGUAACGGGUACCUUCCGACAAUCUAAUAAGUUCCCAGGGGGGUGGACACGAGAGAUUGCUGCUACUAGUCCUUCAAAAUUUUCAUAUGGUCCUUAUUCAGGUACUGAUAUGUACUCGUGCAGUACAUGGAAGCAAAAAUUGGAGGAUCGAAAUGAGGAGAACUCGAGGUAUGAAAAGACCUUGCCAUGUGAUGAAAGAUUAAGGAAUAUGUUGUUUCAACAACAAGGUUUUUUGGACUGUAAUGAGUACAGUGGAGAUAUUCAGAUUCCGAUUAAUUUUUAUGAUGCCACUAGGCCUAUUGUAAGUAAUGAUUUGCAUUACCAAUCGGGGAACUCUUAUGCCAUAAAUUCCAACGUGUAUGGUAAUGGUAAUGUGGUGGAUGCACCAAGUUCACCUGAUUCCGUGAAACCAAGAAGGUCAGGAACUACUUUUUCGAGUCGUUGGAACCCUCGGUAUGCUGAAGGUUAUCGUGGUGAGGCUGGCCUGGGUUUUCAGGAGAGUAACUUGAAUAGUGUAAAAAACAAGAGAGGUACAAUGGAAGGUAAGAAAUUGUAUAUUAAUGGGAAGUGUUCAACAGUGUUGGUGGGUGCUUUGUCUAACUCUAGAAGAAAUAAUCCUAUUGUCGUUGAUUGUAAAAGUAGUCACAGUUCUAAGAUGUAUAAUACCUUGAAGGAUGCUCAGGGGAGAAUUUGUUAUCUAGCGAAGGAUCAAAAUGGUUGCAGGUUCUUGCAGCGGAAAUUUGAUGAAGGGGAUAGACAAGAGAUACAGAUAAUAUUUGAUGAGAUAAUUCAUAGUAUGAAUGAACUAAUGGUGAAUCCGUUUGGGAAUUAUCUUAUACAGAGGUUGUUGGAUGUCUGUACUGAACAACAGAGAAUGCAUAUUCUUGUCAAGGUCACAAGACAGCGGAAUCAGCUUUUUCGAAUUUCGCUGAAUGCUCACGGCACAAGGGCAGUACAAAAGCUGAUCGAGACUCUCAAAACUCGGGAGCAGAUUACCCAUGUUAUAUCAGCACUGGAGCCUAAGUUUCUGGAUUUGAUAAAGGAUACGAACGGCAAUCAUGUAAUUCAGAAGUGUCUUCAAUGUCUUAGCACUGAUGACAACAAGUUUAUAUUCGAUGCUGCUGCAAGAUUUUGCACUGAAAUUGCAGUUGAUCGACAUGGAUGCUGUGUCUUGCAAAAGUGUAUCACUUACGCUACAGGUGGAUGCCGAGAAAAAUUGGUAGCUGAAAUUUGCGUGAAUGGCCUAUUCCUUGCGCAGGAUGCUUUUGGAAAUUACGUGAUCCAAUUCAUUUUGGAACUUAAGCUGCCAUUUGCAAGUGCUAUAUUGCAUUCUCAAUUUGAGAGGAACUAUGCACACCUUUCGCUGCAGAAAUUUAGCAGCAAUGUUGUUCAAAAAUGUCUCCAAAAUUUCACUGAAGAGUACCACACAAAGAUUAUCCUUGAGUUACUGUCAUCUCCUUCCCAAUUUGAACAACUGCUGCAAGACCCUUAUGCUAAUUACGUCAUUCAAACUGCUCUAGAUGUUGCUAAGGGCACCCUCCGUGAUAAGCUGUUUGGAACGAUCCGACCUCAUGUAGCAACCUUGAAAAUGAUCCCCUAUUGCAAGAGAAUCUACUCUAAGGUGCUCUCAAAGAAGUGAGGAAGCUGUAAAUUCGUCACACGGUAUGAACUAAUGUUGUUGUUCUUUAUGUUCAAUGCGUAUUAGGAUAACUCAGUCUCACCAGGUUUAGAGUUCGUGUCGUUUAUAAAGUUUUUUCAUCAAAUAACAGUUUAAAAGAACUUUAACUACUUUUGAGGGUGUUUGCCGCUACCCUAGUUCACGAGCUCUCUAUGUAGAGCCUGUAAAGAAAUAAGCAAUUUUGGUUUCCUUGCUUUUGAAUGGGGAUGUAUUAGUCUGGAGGAUCUUAAGUUCUGUUGAACUAAGCCACUGUCUCAGAUGUAUGUGAAAUGUGGAUAUUUUGACUCUGUAUUGAUAUGGAGCAUCUUAGUUCUGUUAAACUAAGCCACUGUCUCAGAUAUAUGUUAAAAGUUCAAAAAGAUACUUUUAUGCUUUAUGAAUUUGUCAAAUAGAAGGUUUGGAAGAGUUGCAUUGUUAGGUAGUAAAGUUUGUUG